CGACCACAUCUGCCUAUCUCGAACAUUUCGCUUCUCGGUGGCAUUUAUCAAGAUAAUAAUUCUUCUGUUAGUCGCUUUUGUUGAAUUCUGCGCCGUCUUCACCUGUGCAUCGCGCAAUCGAGUCUUCACUCCCCAAUUCAAAACAACACGACGUCCAGGCGACACGCCCGCCAGCAUCGCGCAUACACUCGCCAUCAUCAGCGCAUAUGCAGCAGACCAUCUCUCUGCAUCUAAUGUCAUCUUGAAGCUCAGAAAAUCUAAAUCAGCGGUGACCGCAACAGGCUUCACCGCGACGAGUCCUCAUGUCUAGCCGAGCAAAGCGCAAGUUCGACAUCGACCCCAACGCAUCCGACCCCGACGACUACGAUUACGACGACUCGGAAAGACGCGCCGCGCCCCAGCGGCGCCGUAAUCGACACACGCCUGGAGCUAAGAAGAAGCCCUCCAAGCGCCAGCGACGCGCCUACGGCGGCUCUGAUAUUGACGACGACGACGAGAUAGAGUCAGACGAUUCCUUCACAGAGCGCUCCGAGUCGGAGGAGCCCGAAAUCAAUCCUGCGACAGGCAGAAGCGUGCGCCGCGCCACCAAGAAGCAGAUCAAGUACGAAGAGAGCGAAGACGAAAUCGAAGACACGCCGUCAGAGGACGACGCGCCCAAACCUGCAUCGCGCCGCCGAGCACAGCCGUCUAUCGAACAAGUCGAGAAGCCUUCGCUCAUUGUGAAACUGAAGAUGCCCGAUCACGCCUCGGGUCGCAGUCUGCGCACGCGCACCGGCAGCAAGUCUCUUGCGCGCGGAAAGACGCCUGAAGUACACGGCACGCGACGCAGCAAUCGCUUAUCGCACGACGUUGAAGAGCCCAUUGUUCAGCUUACAGACUCGGGCCGGCACGUCAAAGUUGUGCGCGAAGGCACUCGCAGCCCCGAGCCUGUCAUCGCGCGCGCCACACGAGGUGGCAAAGGCCCGAGGGUUCAGCAUCCCAGUGCCAUCAUGGAGGCUUCGCAAGAGACCUCGAUGAUUCGUGAGGACAGUCCUGGUCCCCUUGACGCGCUUCUCACGGGCGAGGAAACUCAAGUCAAAGCUAGCAAGGACAGUUCGCCCGUACAAGAAGCCCAGCAGGACGAUGCUGAAGGCGAGGACGAUGACGAUAUGGAAGGUGUCAUCCAGGAGUCUCAGCACGAAGAAGCCGCUGAGGAAGAGUCUGACGAGGAGGGCCCAGUCACCCGUGGAGGGCGCAACACAAGGACCCGUGCCGUUUCCGCCAAACGCAAGAAGGGCGCAGACGAGAGUAGCGAUUUCGAGCCUCCCGCAGACGACGACAAGGAAGAGGAGAUGUCGGAGUCGGAUCACGAGAAGGGCAAGCGCUCGGCAUCCGAAAGCGCAUCGGGUUCAGGACGGCGCUCGACCCGCCUACGAGGGAAGAAGAGUCAAUCGCAGCGUAGCAGGCGCAACUCUUCUUCAGAAGAGUCUGGGCUAGAUCAGGACGAAUUACAAGAUGAGAUUGAAGAGCUAGAAUACAACAAACGACGACGCCUCUCUCGACGUAACCCUGACAAGGACCUGGUCUAUGACGAAGCGCCCAAACGCCGCGCCCGUAACGCCCCCGACUACCGUGUUGUUCGUCCAGAGCAGAAUACUAUCUUCGAGAACGACGACGACGAUGGGCCCGUUAUGGAACGACCCAGGGCACGAGGCGGACGUUCCACAUACAAAAGCCUAUGGCGUAGUCAGGGCCCUUUUGGUGGUGGCGUGGAGGCUGGCAUGGGCGCUGCUGGUGGUGACUCUGACAGCAGUGAAGAUGAGAAUCAAAAGAUGCCCAAGCCCGUUGGUGGCAUGAUCGGCAUGACUCCUACUACGGCGACCGCCCCUACUUUCGGGUUUCCCCAGACCAAUAACGCAGAUCCUAAGCAAGACUCUGGUGGUGGCCCUGCGAACCUGGGCAAGGUCAAGGACAAGAAGGCCCUCGCAGAUUCUGACCCCCUUGGAGUUGACCCGAAUGUCAACUUCGAUGGCGUCGGUGGCCUUGAUGAUCACAUCAACAAGCUCAAAGAGAUGGUCAUGCUUCCUUUGCUAUAUCCCGAAGUGUUCCAGCGCUUCAAGAUCACUCCGCCCCGAGGUGUCUUAUUCCACGGUCCGCCCGGUACUGGUAAGACACUUCUUGCCAGAGCUCUCGCUUCCAGCGUUAGCACUCACGGACAGAAGGUCACUUUCUACAUGCGCAAAGGUGCUGAUGCUUUGAGCAAGUGGGUCGGAGAGGCUGAAAGGCAGCUUCGUCUCCUGUUCGAGGAAGCGCGGAAGACACAACCGAGUAUCAUCUUUUUCGACGAGAUUGAUGGUCUGGCGCCUGUUCGCUCCAGUAAGCAAGAGCAGAUCCAUGCUUCGAUCGUCGCUACUUUGCUCGCUCUCAUGGAUGGUAUGGACGGCCGAGGACAAGUCAUCGUGAUUGGUGCCACCAACCGUCCAGAUUCUGUAGACCCUGCGCUUCGGCGCCCAGGACGAUUCGAUCGCGAAUUUUAUUUCCCGUUGCCAGACGUCGCAGGUCGACGCUCUAUUAUUGACAUCCACACGAAGAAGUGGGAGCCACCCUUGAAGCCGGAGAUGAAGGACCAGCUUGCAGAGUUGACCAAGGGCUACGGAGGUGCCGAUAUUCGAGCGCUGUGCACAGAAGCAGCUCUCAAUGCAGUGCAGGGGACGUACCCUCAGAUCUACACCUCCGAGAAAAAGCUCUUGAUCGAUCCUAGCACCAUCAAAAUCCUGGCGAAGGAUUUCAUGAUCUCGGUCAACAAGAUGGUGCCGUCUUCGCAGCGAACAGUCACGGCUAGCGCAGCACCACUAGGCAAGAAUAUCGAGCCAUUACUACGGAAGCCCCUCGCUGCAAUCUUGAAGCGUAUAGAUGAGCUUAUCCCUCGGAGGAAGAAGCUUACUGCGCUGGAGGAAGCUGAGUACGACGACCGCGACGACGAGAAAGGCUUCGAGCGCGAAGCCACCAUGCGCAACUUUGAGAGCAGCAGGAUCUUCAGACCCCGUUUGCUCAUCAGCGGCCUCCAAGGCAUGGGUCAACAAUAUCUUGGUGCUGCACUGUUGAACAAGAUCGAGGGUCUGCAUGUUCAAUCUUUCGAUCUUCCAACUAUUCUUGAGGACUCCACCCGAGCGCCCGAGGCAGCCAUCACUCAGCUAUUUACAGAGGUCAGACGACACAAGCCCAGUGUCAUCUACAUUCCUUCAGUUGAUGUAUGGUACCAGACACUACCUGCACAAGCGAUCAAGACUUUCAAGCUCUUACUGCGGAGUGUUGGAGCGAAUGAACCGAUCAUGCUGUUAGGUGUUUUGGAAUUGCUAAACGAGAAAGAGAAGCCUGAUCGCCAAAUGAUGAUGGAUCUAUUCUCCUUCUCGCAGUCCAACCAGUUCCAGCUUAUGCGACCAGAUCAGGAAGGGCGGGCAGAGUUCUUCAACAACAUCAGUCACUAUAUUCGCAUGUCUCCAGCGGACUUCCCCGAUCCGGACAACCGUAAGAAGCGAGUCCUACCCGAACUGGAAGCAGCACCGAUCGUUGCCCCAGUCAUCGAUCCAAAGGAGCUUGCAGCACGUGAAAAGUGGCAAAAGAAACAGGACAGGCUUACCCUCAACAAGAUGAAGAUUGUGAUUCAGCCUAUUAUGGAUCAGCUGAAGAGGAGCCACAGAAAAUUCUUCAAGCCCAUCCUAGAGGAGUCUUGGUACGCGUAUUUGCUUGAGGAGCAAGACUCUGACCAUGUGCGAUCGGAUCUGCCACCUGAGCAACAAGAAGAACAAGGUGUUAUACGUCCAUGGGAAUUCUCGAAAGACUCCAAAGGCGUGGACGUGCUACUACACGUCGAGAGCGGCAACAAAUACUACAAUCUGGAUUUAAGCACUAUCGAAAAACGGUUGUCAAAUGGUUACUACAAGCGUCCCGCGGAUUACCUCUUCGACAUCAAGACCCUCGUAAAGGAUGCGAGGACAUUUGGAGAUGCUGAGCGGACUCUGAAGGGUAAUGAGAUGAUCACGAACGUUGAGGUCGAUCUGGACAACUUCUUCAUGCACCAAAACCCCGGCCUUCUCCAAGAGUGUGAAGCAGUCUACCAGCGCGAACUCGAACGGGAGAGGAAGGCGCAGGAGAAGCGCGAGAGAGCCAUCGCCGCUAACAAAGAUUUCGAAGAUGUCGCACGCGUUCCACCCGAGCAGUCAAUUGGUACCACUGAGGCGUCAGGGCCCAUUACUUUGGGUGAGCCUGUACCUGGCCGUUUAGCUAUGCCGCCGGUAACCCCGCUGCGGGCACCUCAGGCCGAAGGCUUGUCUAAUGGUACGAGCGGUGACGGCACACAGCAUGCAACGAAUGGAUCUACCGCGCCGUCCAACGAUGACACUCAUAUGACAGACAGUCAAGAUCUCAAUGUCAACACCCACCACGAUUUCCAAUUCCAGACCCCAAGCAGAAUCGAGGGUCAAGGCACACAGACGCAAAAAUCGCAAAUGUCUGGUCGUACUUUUAUGGCACCAAACUCGCACCCGAACGAUUAUCACAACAGCGCCUCUACGACGACUUCUGGGCAGAAGACUUCAAACAGGUCUUCGGACAACAAGUUUGGAACUCAAAGCAGUAACGGUGCUGCACCAUCCGGCAUACCCAAUUUCUCAGAAAUGAUGCCAGAGCCGAAUGGGUCGCAGCUCCCCGAUACACAAGAAGUUCACUACGUCAGCAGUCAGCCGUCAAACUCACAACCAUCGCAAACGUCGCAGUCAUCUCAGCAUGUUACUUCCAUGCCUGCACCUGCACCUCCACACCACUCGAACCUCAGCCAGAUCCUCAACGAUGAAGAGCCGAAGCCACAGCUUAUUCUUGAUGACAAUUUGGUCACUGCGUUGCACAACAAGCUUGUGCAUUCGACAUCUGGAUGUUCGCUCGAGCAGCUGGAGCAGAUCAAUGCAGCUCUCAUGGAUGCCAUCUGGAAGCACCGUUCAGACUACAACCGCAAUCUCGUCCUUAAGGAGGUUACCGAGGCGUUCAAUGUCAUCAUCAAGGACAUUGAGACCAUGCAGGAGAUCCUCAAGUCGAGCCAAGAAGAGGAAGAGGCUGAACUCCGGCGGCAGUAUCACUCCACACAGAACGAUUGGUUCUCACAAACACAGGCGCGUCGCUGAGUUGGCAUUGUUUGUAAACACCAUCCCUCAGUUGGGAGGUUGUUCGGUGGGUUGAAAUCGCAUAGAGCAUGCGCGGCGUUUGGCGCGGGUGGGAGGCACAUUUGAGCGUUGCGUUGGCACGUAUUUCUGCGAGCUUUGAGGCAUUCAUUAUUCCGCACUCUCCUCAUUACCAUACUCAUGUACUAUGACCCGUCUUUUUCUUUUCUGUUGGCUGAGAGAUGCAUGCAUGGUCUGCAUUGGGAUAUGGGUUUCUGGUGGGCCUGGUCUGAUCACGCAUUGGACAAUCUGCGGAUGUAAGAAAGCAAAAGAGUAGAUACCAAAUCAAUAGCGCUUGCCGCACACAGCAUUUGAUAC